AUGGUGGUCUUUGUGGUCAUGCUGCCUCUUCUAGCCCUCAGUCUGCACAAAGUUGUACUUGAUGAAAAAUGUAUUAUACUUCUCCUUGCUGCAAUUCUUCACAAAGUGGCCAGUGCCCCGGAGUCUGUGUUCGCUCUAGAGGGAAACUCUGUCACCCUGACCAUGAAGGAAAAUUACCAUCUGGAUGUAGAUGAAGCCCACUGGAUCUUAAAUAGAACAUGUAAUGUUGUUAAAUAUUAUCCAGAUAGUGAGCACAUAUCUCGCCAGCUAGUUGUCCUAGAGUCUUAUAAGGGCAGAGUGGAGUUUGAUAACACCACCUUCUCUCUGGAGCUGAAGAACCUGCAGAAGAAUGACAGCGGACACUACCAAGGACAAAUAAAGCUGAAUGAUACUGAUGAUAUUAAUGAUAAUGUUGUUGAAUACUGGCUCAGUAUUGUCGAACAAGUAUCUGCCCCUAACUUGACUGUGGAGCCUGGCCUGUCCAGUGGUGACCUCUGUAACAUGACGGUGACCUGUACAGCUGGUGAUCUCUCUCUGACCUCCAGCUGUAACAGCAGCACCUGCACACAGGAGGAACUGACUAUGUCCUCAAGCCUUGCCAUCGGUAUUAGAGAUGGUGACAUCAUCUGCAACCAUAGCAACCAACUCAACUGGAGUCAUGCCACAGUAAGACUGUGCCAAAAUACACAACAGUCUUUCAUAACAGGACCCCUUGAAUGGAAACUUAUUAUUAUUGCUGGAGGACUAGCACUCGGAGGACUAUUCAUUUGUGGAGUUCUGUAUUUCCGAAUGCACGUGACGAAUAAAGCAGGCAGUUUAUCUUCACACAUUUAUCAGUCAGUGGAGAACCUGGAGAAGAAUCAGACAGACCUUGUUUGUGCAAAGGCUCUGAGUCCGUCAUCAGAUGUGAAGAGCCUGAGUGCCUUCAAAUCUCAGUCUUCCUCAUCCCAUGCUGAGAUAGGCCCCUCACAGUCUCUGUCAUGACGGGGAGAAAGAGGCUUAUUGAAGGUACAGAAAUGGAAGCAAAAUGUGUUCUACUUCUUGCAGUAAUCCUUAACAAAGUAGCCAGUGCCCCAGAAUCUGUGUUUGCUCUAGAGGGAAACUCUGUCACCCUGAUCAUGAAGGAAAAUUACCAUCUGGAUCCAAAUGACGUA